CCCUCAGUGACUCCUACAGAAGUUCCCAUACUCUGGAUAGUGUUGGGAGUUUCCGUGGCUCUUUCUGCUUUGGUGGUGGGGAUAAUUGUCUACCGUAAGAGAGCAAAGAGGAAUGAACGGUAUUUCAUAAAAUGUUAUUGUCUAUAUGACUGCUUUGUAUUAUGAUAAUGAUAUGCAUGCAGAAAUAGACGAUAUUUUUUCUGUGUAAGUGUCUGACUGUCUUUAAGUGUCUGUCUCUCUCAGUCGACAAGUCGCGCUGGCCAGUGACCUUCAUUACAGAUCAAGGCGAUGUAACUUUUAUCACCUUGUAUAAACCAGGAAGCCAUCUCUGACUUAAGCAUUACCACAAUCCCAGGAUUAAUGACAACGAAUUUCACUAACAUUUGCUUUGCACUAUUUUCUUUAGAUCCAGUGAGUCUGACAUUGCUGAGUUCAUGUUGCUGGAAGUCCCACACGAGCGGGUUACUAUCAUGGAGGAACUGGGACGAGGCGCUUUUGGAAGAGUUUAUAAGAGCGUGAUGAGGGGGUUACCUGAAAAGAAUACAUCCUCCAAACACAAGGAUCACCGUUUGGAUUCGCAUGAGGGACGUAUUGUUGCUACAAAAGUUCUACCAGGUGCGUGAAUUCAGAAUGUGGCAAAAAGAUGACUUACUCUUUCAGCAAACGCUAUUCAAGGGAGUGAUUCUUAUUAAUAACAGGCAAGAGAGCCUCUCUUGUAACCAGCCUCUCUUGUAUCUAUUUAAUCCAAUAGAUAGCAAACAUUAUAUCGUGGAAAACAGCAUCUCAAUGCCUCAGUCGGUAACAGUGUGAUGUACCUCAGGGGCCCAUUUUAGAUCUUUAAAUUUUGUUUUUUACUUAUAUUAAUGACCUCCCUGAAUGUUUGAAAUUUACCACACGUUUUGCAAUGAAUAAAUUAAUAUAGACAUAAAAACCUUCAGUGAGAUCAGAACAUUGAUAAGGUGUGCUCCAAGGUUAGUCGUGUUAUAAGUGGUAUAGACAGGCUCGAGAUUAUGUAACAUUAAAUGUACUAAAAAGUAUAUAGCGCCUAAAUAGAUGCCCGUGCUCGAGCGAAAACCGAGCGGGCACCUUUUUAACAAAACCACACAGAUAUAAAAAAUGCAAAACAGGGCAGGCUCCAUGAUCACUUCUCAUGGCUGUCACAUGACAACAGAUUAUCUCUCUAAACCAAUUCAAAAUGUUAGUGCAUGCGUUCGUAACGUGCAUGUAGAUUGGUCGUUCUCUUAUGUGAUCUUUCGAAAUACGUUAUUUCACAUGUUUCAGUCACUUGCGAACUUUAUCUGUUCGUAUGUGGUUGCAAAUAUGACCACAUUAUUGCAGCUUUACUUAGAGAACUACAUUGGCUUCCCUUGGAGCAUGAGUAGCGGAUUUUAAAUUAUUCAUGUCCGAGCUGUAAUCGUCAUUUGUUUCAAACUUACAUGUCUGUUAGGAGUUCACGAUCAUCAACCAUGAACUUCUUAAUUAGUGACACCAAGAUCAAGGCUAAAACUUUUAUCGGACGAUCAUACUUUUUCGUUUUGUGCCCCUAAACUUUGGAAUGAUUCUCCAGAGCACAUACAGUGUAAAAUGGAGUUUGAAUAUUCGUUCUUCUAAGAGUAAUCUUAAAGCUUUAAAAACCUCUAAGCGUUAUUUUUAUUUCGUAGUUUUGUUUAACAAUUUUUUUGUCAGUGUUACGAGGUACUGCUUUCUAGUCGUUUAAGUUUAAAACAUUUAUUUGAUGACGAUGACGGUGAGCCCAAAACCCUCGGUGAAACUCAAUUACAAAAGCAUAUUGGGAUGUCCCUGUCUACGCAGAGUCAAUGAAAAUGAGCCAAUUGGAUAGAUGCGUUAGGAUUACAAAUGUACACUCAAGGAAAGUCAUAUUACUGGAGAUAAAGUACCCGUGGGUCGAGAAUAGGGAAGCAAUUAAAGAACACAAAACUUGACGUCUAGAAUUAAAGAGACAAGUUUCCGGACUAAAAGAUCUUCCAGUAUUACAUCAUGUUACAUGUCGUGCUUGGUGAUCGCUAGAUGAAGAGAACUAUGACGGUUUUUCUUUGAGACUUUGUUUUAUCUACUCACUUAACUCAGGGAACCAAUUUUUUAACAAAUAGAUUUUUUUCUCAAGCAGAAAUUAGGACCUGAGCUAUUGACUGUGUUUAAUUUUCAUAGGUUAAAUAUACUUUCAUUUUAAUUAGUUUUUUUUUUCUUUACGUCUGGUUUUAGUUGUUUAGCACUAACUGAUAUCGUGUAGCAUAUACGUAGGUCACGGUUACCUGGAUUUGUUGUAAAUUUCUUUUGUUUUUUAGAAAAUGCCACGGAGGAGGACAAACGGCAGUUAGUUCGGGAAAUAGAGCUGAUGAAGGAAGUCGGAACACACCGUAAUAUUGUGAGCAUGCUCGGCUACUGGAUCCAAUCACAUCCCAUCAUGUUAAUCAUGGAAUAUGUUCCAAACGGAGAUCUUCUUCAGUGGCUCAGAAACAAAAGGCAACAGGUAUCAUUACUUUAUUAGCUGUAUCAACAAAAAUUUGCUGGCCUCUGUUUUGCCUUUUGUUUAAAAAAUAUCUUCUCUCCAUUCGCAAUGGGGCUGCGCACAGAUAUUAUUCAUAGAACUCAAACUCAGACAAACGAAUUCCUCAAUUUUGUUUGUCUUUUUGUCAUUAAAGUGUCAAGUUUGUCUGGAAAAUGGAAAACUAUAACUGGAAAAUGGUCGGAGAAUAACUCACCAAUACAAGGGCAAGCUGCAAUGACAAACAUGUGAGACCCAUGGACUCCAGUAUAUCCGACAGUUAGAUCCAUAUGGAUGUUAAAAUCGCCCAAAAUUAUCUUAGGGCUCACUUGACAAGACCAGAGAGACUCGAGGUAAUCGGUUAACGGCUCGGUGAAAAAUGUGGAUGUGGUCACAGGAUGUUUAGCAGAAUAUGGAGUUUAGCAGAAUAUGAAUUCCUCAAAUUUGUUUGUCUUUUUGUCAUUAAAAUGUCAAGUUUGUCUGACUUUUGUCGUGAAAAUAACAAAAAUGGCAGAUUUCAGACACACAUGGCAAAUCAGUCACUCUGACGUCAUUAGUAUUCUGUGCUGCACUUUAAUUUUCUAAUGAACAUUGCUCUGAGCGUGUAUGUUCUUUUUCAUACAUUGUGUGGUCUCUUAAGGCAGAAGGAAAAUCCUCUACCUCAUCACACGUCUAAAAACCAUCGUCUUCAGUAAAAAUGAUAAGAUGGUAGACAACUUGAUGUGAGAAUUUGUACAUGUUACCUAUAAUACAGAGGUGCACUAACUGAAUGUGGAUAUCAAUGCAACCGGAUAUUCGUAUUUUUCCAAAAGCGGUUUAUACAGCCAGACUGUUUAGAUGCUAUUCAUGUAUUCGGAAAACAAAGAUCGGUAAAUACACAACAAUUUGUAUUCAAGCCAAGCUUACCCUGGUACGAUCAGUUAAGGUUUCCGGGAAACUGCCCACCUAUCCCUGCCCUAAGUCACAUUUUGCCCUGAGUGAGAAGGUAGUGUUAAUGUUGUCUUAGGAGAGGGGAAGGUGGUCAGAAAAGAAAACAAAACAACGUUUUGAGCGUUUACCCCUGGGGGUACUCCCGCCCGAUAGGAUGAGGAUCUCCAUCCUUAAAUAUGGUAAUGUUAUUCUGUCAGGUAAAAUUCACGUGCGUUUUUCUGUUUCCUUCAAUUCUUAGGUUUUUUUUCCCCCUUGAACUGGGCCUCAUUUUCCAUGUUUGGGUCUUUAAUAUGAUAUUGGUUUUCGCUUGUCUCAACUAUUCGAAAUUUUUGAGAGUACCCCCCUCCCCCCCAGGUGGGCAUUAACCUUUUCUGGUCAGAAUGAAUCACGGGAUUACUAAUGGUGGAGCUACUCUAUUGUUUGAACAUGGUAACAAGACAAGAAUAGUUUACUUCAAAGAACGCUUUUCAUUCUAGUAAUUUACUUGUUUCUUUUCUCAUUUUCCCAUGUAUUCACCAACAGUUGAGGUCCGCCAUUUGAUAAACCGUCCUUGAUUCGAGCUCACAAAGGGCUUCCACUCAAAAUGCUAGUCAGCUUUUCGAUCCACGGUCUUUCAAUGGUGGCAAGAUGAGUUAUUCAAAUCAGCCGAUAACACCAGAGUUUUGCUUUUCACCCCCCGACCGAAGCAGUAGAAAAGUUUCUUUUUAAAAGACGCUUCAAAAUAUUUUGGUGGACAUAAUGAUUGUCCGUCCAGAGUUUCUAAACCGCCGCCGUCUGCUGAGCGGGAGGCCGUAGGUUCAAACCCCGGCCGGAGCAACACCCAGGGUCUUUAAAUAACUGCGGAGAAAGUGCUGCCUUUGUAUAACUUCUGUAAACGGUUUGACUUUCUGGUCUUCUCGGAGAAGGACGGUAAACCGUAAGCCCCGUCUGACAAGCCCUUGCACAUGUAUUAAUUCUGUGGGACGUUAAAGAACCCACACACUCGCUCUUCGUGAAGAGUAGGGCACGUAGUGGCUGGUGUAGUGGUUUAUCUCACUUUCACACUCAUUUAUGGGGGCAUCAUUACUCAUUCCUUCACUACUUGUAAAAUGCACCUUAAGCAGUCUGGCAAAGUCCCCCAAACAGUAUUGUAAAUUACACAUUACACGUCCCGAAAGCCCUGUACAAGAUAUGACGUUUAAUCCAUUUGAAUUUUCCGUGGACGCUUUAAAGAAAGUUGGCCCAUAAGGUAUCCCUCUAUUCCCGGCUAGAUUUUCAGUUUAACGUCGGUUAAGUAAUCUUUCAAUUCACAUGGAUUCCUUUUAAAUUGGUAAAAAUAUUUCGGCUAACCAACUGAUAGUGUUGAAAUUGUUUCUGCUGACAAAACCGUUUCAUGAUCAGACGGAAUUCAUUUCAUUAUUUUUUUGCAGCUUACAAUGAAAAAGAGUCAGCAAAGUGAUGUCGUUGAAAGGCUUAAGCCUCCUGUUCCUGAGAGACCGAAAUUGGUGUCCAGGAACCUGCAAACAAAAGAUGUCCUGGAUGAAAACCUGGAAGAGGAAAAGAGCGAAAGAAAUAAUGAAGAAAGUAGAAAAGACGGUGGUUAUCAUUCCAGCGAGACGAAGGAAAUUAAAAUCGACCUGGACGACGCUGAAAGAGGAAUUCUAAUCAACGAUGCUCCUCGAUCUGAGAUGGAACCUUCUUGCUUAAACCAGGGUUACGAAGAUGACAAGGAGGAAGAAGAAAGUGACGAUAUCAACACGUCAUUUCUACAAAAUGAAGGGCGAAAGGGGUCGGUUGCGUCGGUGAUGGUGUUACCUUCGAUCAAAAUUGCCCAUUUCUCCAAAGAAAAAGAGCUCACUCUUGCUGAGCCCUUAAGAAACGUCGAAGAAAAGAUCACCAUCGAGAAAGAAGAAAGCAGCUGUGAGGGCAAGGAAGAUGAUGAAGAAGACAGUUCUGGGAAAGAAGUUCUAUGUUAUGCGUGGCAGAUUGCUAAAGGGAUGGUAAGAAUUUUUUCGACUGAAGAAUGCCUUGAGCAAUUUAGUCAUCAUUUGCAAAGCACAAAAAUCUGCCUCUUGCCCAUAUUUAAAAAACUUCUUUUUCCGGCGUGGUGUUCCAAGGAGGGCUUCAUUCCACUCACCCCAAGUCUCCCUGAAAAACAGAAUUUAAUUAAGUGUCAACAGGAGUCAACGGGCUUUCUUCAGCGGUUGAAACACAGCCAAUAUUCAUCCCUUCGAGUUAUCGAGAGUAAAAUUGUAUGAAAGUGAUCUGAAGGGAAACAAAAAUUACUUCGAGUUAACGGGAGUUUCGAGUUAUCGAGGGUUCGAGUUACCGAGGGUAAAAUUACGGUAAAUGUAUGAAGGAAAUCCAGGGGAAAUCGAUUUUGGUUCUAGUUAGCACAAGGUUUGAGUUAGCGUGGGUUCGAGUUAUCGGGAGUCGACUGUAGUUCACUUAGCCUGUUCAACUUUGACGGCUUUUUUUGCUGAAAAGAAUACGUUGCGGGGUUUUCUUGGCCAAUUCCUUUAUUUGUUUCUUCGUUUCCUAACGGCUGUUACGGAAAUCCUCCAUAUAUUCUUCAUGAAUAGACCCACGAUCACUUCCUCCCGCUUUCCGGACCGUUUGCCUGGCACAGUUUGCAGUAGCCUUUUCCAGGCUCUCGAUAGUAGGGAUGUCGCGUAAGCGUAAGGCACCGGCAAAAAUAUAAACGCGUGAUCUAGAAUUGAAAAGGGGGUGGUGGCGGGCCAUUUUUGAGCCUGGAACAGACAUUUCAUUGCACUUGGUUGCUUUUCCGUCAAGUCGUUAAAUCAUUCGGGAGUUCGUUUACAACGAUAUCUCGAUUAAGCUGCUAUCCCCCUGCCAUAUCGUAAAAUCGAGGUUCCAUUUUACUUUCAUAUUGACCAAUCAAAAUGGAAAUUUGUGUUGAUCUAAAGGUAUCUGGUAACCAAAAAUAAUUUCGUUAUUUCUCUGCCAGGAAUACUUGGCCAGCAAAGGAUUCAUUCAUCGUGACCUGGCAGCCCGUAAUAUCCUACUUGGUGAGGACAGAGCUGUGAAGAUCGCUGAUUUUGGUUUGUUACGCCACGCAAAUGAAAGUGAGUUAUACGAAGUUACGAGCGUAAACAAGUUACCAAUGAAAUGGAUGGCACCUGAAGCGUUGGAAAGCGGCAUUUUUACUUUCAAGACUGACGUGUAAGUAUAUGUUAAUAAGGUCACAGUUAGGCAAAGCUUGGGCUUCCUGUGAUGCAGUGUGACAUUGAGGUUCUCGAUAUCAUAGAACCUGCAAUGUACUGUUUAGAACUGUCUGAAAAAAAAAAAAAAAAAGAGCACAAUUUUGUUCAUGACGCUGUCUAUAGUAGUGGUUAUCACUCUAUCUCUAAAGGAAUACUCAAGCGUUUGGAAAACAUUAGCCUGUUCCAGGCGUGAAACUUGAAAAUAAGAGAUGUCAAUAGAAACUUUGAGCCGAUGAAGUUGAUCUGAGACCAUCUUGGAUCCUAGAUUCCGCGCUCCACAUCCCGCAUUCCAGAUACUGGAUUCCGGGUUCCAACUCAGUGUAUUCCAGAUUUCAAAAGGCCUAGAUUCCAGAAUUUCAUAGUUAGCAGGAUUCCGGAUUCCAAAGUCCAUGAUUCCGUGCAAAAACUUCCAGGAUUCUGCAAUCCGUAUUACCUUCCAUGGGGCGAGAUAAACAAAAUUGAUAUUUCUAUUAUAUUUCUUCUGCUUCCUUUUAUUGCAGAUGGUCUUUUGGAGUUGUUUUGUGGGAACUAGCCACCAUGGGUAAGCUGGUUAAUAAUCUCUAAAGUCACUUUCCUAUACACGAGGGAAUUGAGAGGAAUCCCCCAAAGGGAAAACCUGACUGUUCAGCUUUAGGACAGCAGGCACGGGAGAUUUGAACCGCUUUAUAAAAGAGGCCAUUCUGGCAUAAUGUCGUGAUAGCUAAACAACUAGAAAAAAUAAUAGGCUAACUUCCGCCGCUCUCUCAGCCGUCUUUACCGCGGAGGAGCGCAGGCUCAUAAUAAUUCAGCUUAUAAUUCAUACCCUUAACAACAACUUGACCUGAUAUCACGUGUCACUUGGCGAAAUGAAUACUCAGUAGAGUCUACUCAGUAAUGGUAAACUUGUACAUUACGUUAUUUUAAUCCCUACUGGAGGUUGAAUUGGUAAAUUGAUAAUACAUGAUGGUCAUUGAACUGAGUGGAGAGCACUUUGGUCUGAAAUCAUACGGGUGAUUUCGCGUGCGAGUUCGAUUUGAGAUCAAAAGUAUGAUUUCAGACUAAAAUUGCACGACACGAAGUUAAAUUAUCACUUUAUUACAGCCAUUUUGAAAUCGCAGAAUUCCAUCACGUCAAUCAGUACCAGCAGUGACUGGCCGUGGCACCAGACAAGUUAGUUCGUUAUCCCCCAUACUCGUUAACAUAUAUUCUGAAGCCAUUAAGAGAUGCUUUAAGUGGUGUGAAUGAAGGUAUUCGAGUGGGAGGUUAUCUCAUUAAGACAGUGCGCUUUGCGGGUGAUCAAGCAACCUUAGCAAGGUCAGUUAAAGGUCUGCAACUUAUGAUGAAUUAAAUCUAGGAAGGCGCGGGGGAAUAUGAUAUGAAGAUCAAUGUUAAGAAGACUAAGGUGAAGAAAAUCAGUAAGAGGCCUGGUGAGGAAUUCACGAGAACCAGUAAACAACUAAGUCAAGAAUGGUCGCACUUUAAUUACCUUGGGAGCCUCAUUACACAGGAUGGAUCCUGUGAAAAAUAAAUUAGAUCGAGAAUAGCACAAAAACGCGUUUACUAAGAAAAAAGAACUGCUGACAAAAGCCUUCAGCGUGUUAGCCUUUGCCUGAAGAACAGAAUUAUAAAGACUGUCAUCUGGGGUACUCCUCUGAAUGGAGUUGAAUGAUAGACCUUAAAGAAAGAGGACGUGCGAAGGCUGGAGAGCUGUGGGAUGUGGCUUUGGAGAAAAGGUUUUAAACAUAACUUGGUCUGACAAAGUCUGUAACGAAGAAGUAUUGAGGCGUGUCGGUGGGAGGAGAGGACCAUCAUAGCUUUUAUCAACAGAAGACAUAGAGUCUGGCUUGGUCAAACCCUACGACAUGGUGAUCAUGUCCCAUUAGUCAUUGAGGGAAGAAUACGAGGAAAGAGACCACCUGGAAGACCUCGAGAGGGAAUGCUGGAUAGAGUGAAGGAUGGCAGCUCUUACGUAGAGGUCAAGAGGCGUGCCUUAGAUCGAGAACCAUAAGGAAGGACUUGCCUGUGGGCAGAUCAAAUAGCCUGUUGAAAAGCGGAAACAAAAGGGCUUUUACAUCUCAUUUUGUAUUCGAAACAGAAAUGAUGCGAUAUAAAGCAAGGUGCGACGGUGCGACGUGGUUUAGAACAUAAAUAACGCGAUUUAGAACAGAUAUGAUUGUGUAAUUCGCAAAUAAAUCACACUGCUGAGAGCCAAUCAGAUUGUAGGGAUCACCAUCGAUUUCAAAAUGAAAAAUAAGAAAAGCCCAAAAAUCUUUGAUAAGACAUAAUUGAUCUUUAUUUUGUUACUUUAGGGGGCAGACCAUACCCUGGGAUAAGCCCUAUGAGGUUAUGCAGUUUACUAAAAUCUGGAUAUCGGAUGGAGAAACCCAACACGUGCAGCGAUGAAAUGUAAGUCAGAAUAGAGAUAAUAACAGACAUCUGAAUAGAGGGCACGAUGAAGAAAUACUUACAUAGUCCUUCAAACAGUUUUUUUUCUAAAAUUGUCAGCCUUUUCAAAGGAGUGGAAACUUCAGCGCGCCUCUUUCCUUUACGUUGCCCCACUCUAAAAAGAGCCUAUAGAACAUAAGUGUCUUCAAUAUUCAAAGUAAAUGGAGACAUAUCUUUGUGUAGCGGUAUUUUAAACUAUGGCUUCCUUUUUCAACAGAUACAAAUUGAUGAUGGACUGCUGGAAGGAGGAUCCAAAUGAACGACCCUCCUUUGUUCAACUAAUACCGAUACUGGAAGGGAUGAUGACAGAAGAUACCCCUUACUAUUAUUUCAGACUACUGGAUCAGAACCAGCCAUGUUACCGUGAGACAUCCGCUACUAACACCAGUAAAACUAGUACUCUUGAUACCAAGCUGUAA